AUGUCUCCGUCUGAGCGCGAUGAGAUUAUCGCACUGGUGACGCGGCUUCAAGAGCAGAUCGCCGAGUUGAUGGCGGCCAACGAGGAGUUGCGGAGGCAACUCGCGGAGUCCCACCGGAGCGGCAGGCGUCAGGCGGCACCGUUCUCGAAGGGCAAGCGCAGCAGCAAGCCCAAGCGUCCUGGCCGCAAGCCUGGUAUGGGCCUGUUCAGCUACCGCAAGCCGCCAUCGGCCGAAGAGAGUCACCGGGCCGGUUGUAGAGGUGCCGGUGUCGGAGGACACAUGCCCCGAUGUGGAGGCAGCCUUGUGGAUGAGGGAGAGAGUAUUGCCUACGUAACCGACAUACCCCCUGUUCGGCGUCCGCAGGUGAGAGCGUACCGAGUGCAGGUAUGCCGGUGCCGGUCGUGCGGCAAGGCUGUGCGAGGCCAGCAUCCCGAUAUAGGGUCCGACCAGCAUGGUGCGAGCGCGCACCGCUUGGGUGACCGAGUGAAGGCUGCGGCCCAUGUACUCCACUAUGGGGUGGGUGUUCCGGUACGGAGGAUUCCCGCUGUUCUCCGAGUGCUGACCGGGGUUGAAGUGAGCCAGGGGGCGAUCAGCCAGGACGCGCUGCGCCGUAGUGCCGAUGCGGUGGGUGAGGCCUACCGCACGCUGCGGACAUCGGUGCGAGCGAGUCCGGUUGUCCACACCGACGACACGGGCUGGCGAGUUGGAGGCGAGCCGGCGUUUCUGAUGGCGUUCGAGACGGAAGAGGCGACGGUGUAUCAGGUUCGCGCUCGUCACCGGAACGAAGAGGUGCGCGAGGUGGUUCCUGCGGACUACGCAGGGGUGAUGGUGACCGACCGGGGUCGCAGCUACGAUGCUCAGGCGCUGUCGAGGUGA